CUCUCCAUCUUUCUCACGAUGACCGUCUUUAUUUCUCAAAUCCCUUUUCUCUGAAUAUUUUUUCUCUUUCUCUCUCGUUCUCUGUGCACGGAUCUCGUAAUGUAGGCGAAGAUAUUUGUAUAAAGAAAAGAGAGAAAGAGAAAACAAGCUUCAUUUCUAAUGCCAUUGAUUCAUUUGAUCUUUAUGAUUAGGUCAUUUCAAUGGGUAACUGCUGGAUUUACUCUUCUAGGGUUGAUAAUGGACCAUUCACCCCUGACGAUAUUCGAUCUGGACCAUUAAUAGAAAAUCCUCGAAAAUUCACUCCUCCUACUUCUCUUCCUCCAUUAACUCAUUUGAUGACCAAAGAUAAGAAGAAUGAAGAACCCAUAGCAUUGCCAAGUCCAAGAUCUGAAAGUGAAAUAUUAUCAUGGACAAAUUUGAAAUCUUUGACUCUUCAUGAACUCAAAAUUGCUACAAAGAACUUCAAAUGUGAGAUUGGAGAAGGUGGGUUUGGAUGUGUUUAUAAGGGUUAUCUUGGUUGUGGUACUGUUGUAGCUGUGAAACAGCUUAAUUCUGAAGGCUAUCAAGGGCAUAAGGAAUGGCUGGCAGAGGUGAAAUAUCUUGGCCAACUUCAUCAUUUGAACCUUGUGAAACUUAUUGGCUACUGCUUGGAAGGUGAAAACCGGCUUCUUGUGUACGAGUUCAUGCCUGGAGGCAGCUUGGAGAAUCGCCUUUUUACAAACGGAAUAGAGCACCUUUCAUGGGCAAUAAGAGUUAAGAUUGCAAUAGGAGCUGCUCGGGGCCUCCAUUUUCUACAUUCAUGCGUUCCACCUGUUAUUUAUCGCGAUUUCAAGAGUUCUAACAUUUUAUUGGAUUCGGAGUUCAAUGCAAAGCUUUCAGAUUUUGGGUUGGCAAAAUCUGGCCCUAGGGGAGAAGAAACUCAUGUCACCACGCAAGUCUUUGGCACUCAAGGUUACACCGCACCUGAAUAUAUUUGUACAGGUCGGUUAACAGCUAAGUGCGAUGUGUACAGCUUCGGGGUUGUAUUGAUAGAGCUUCUCAGCGGACGAAGAGCCAUAGACAACACAAAGUCUGGCCACGAGAAAAAACUAGUCGAAUGGGCAUGGCCUAACCUAGACCAAAAACUAGGUGUUGUUCGAAUAAUGGACACAAAGUUAGGCGGGCAAUACCCACGAAGAGCGGCUAGCAUUGCUGCCAUGCUGGCUAAGCAAUGCACACACUUGGAUGCAAAAGCCCGCCCACAAAUGGUUCAAGUUUUAUCGAUACUAGAAGAACUACCUUCUGCAAGAUACAUGUACCCUUCUUCAAUGGAUCAACAAGUGGUAUCUCAAAAUCCUUCUUCUUCAUGUCAGUCUCCUCGAAAUGAUAGGAACAGAAGACACCAAUCAGAUCUUCUGGUAGAUGAUCAACGCUCCGUAAAUAAGAACAACAGAAGACACCUAUCUGAUAAUCUUGUCGCUCAGAUGUCUUCUACUGAUCGUCAACGAUCAGUAAAUAAGAACAGAACACAACCGGAUCAACUGGAUCCUAGAAAUAACGAUCAACGGGCAGGAAAUAAGAACAGAACACCUCAAUCUUAUCCAUUGCCGAUGCCCAAGAUACCACUACAGGGGUCUUGAUUUCGGCUUUUGUCUAUAUAAAUUCAGGAACUUUAGAGUCAUAGAUGUAAAUUUACAAGAUGAAAAUAUAUAUUUUGCAAAAAAUAAGGCAUUGUGUUUCGGUUAUGAGAGUGUGGUGAAUGCUUGAGCACCGCGAGCCACUUUGAUAAAAACGUCUUCCAAAGUGGUGUCCGCGAGUCCCCAAGCUUGAACUACGAAUCUGCUCUUGGCAUUCUCAACUGCUCUGAAUACUUCUGCUAUUCUUACUUCUUGCUUUGGCAGUUCGAAUUUUUGUGUACCGGAUAAAUGGUAUACCUUGUUUGCGUUUGGCGAUAGAUUCUUUACCAAGACCUCAACUUCCUCCUCGUGGCUUGAUGAAGUUGUCAUUGUGAAUACGUAA